GCUAGCAGGGGGCUGAUAAAGAGUUGGUUUCCAGCGCCAUACGGAGGGCAACAGGUAAGCCCACUCAUCUCUAGAAAAAGAAACAAAAAUCCUCCGUCGAAGCUUCGAACGAAUAGAAGCGCAACGGCAGACAGGAAACCCGAACAAAGACCGCGAGGCAGCUUUUACUCGGAGGUCGGCCGCAUGAAAGUGGAGCUCUUCGCCGACGUGGUACCCAAGACGGCGGAGAACUUCAGGCAGUUUUGCACAGGUGAAUUCAGGAAAGAUGGCGUUCCUAUCGGCUACAAAGGCAGCACUUUUCACAGGGUCAUUAAGGACUUCAUGAUCCAAGGAGGCGAUUUUGUAAAUGGAGAUGGCACCGGAGUGGCAAGCAUCUACCGGGGUCCCUUUGCAGAUGAAAACUUCAAGCUGAAACACUCCGCUCCUGGUCUGCUGUCCAUGGCAAAUAGUGGCCCCAGCACCAAUGGCUGCCAGUUCUUCAUCACCUGCUCCAAGUGUGACUGGCUGGAUGGGAAGCAUGUAGUCUUUGGUAAAAUAGUUGACGGGCUGCUUGUCAUGAGAAAAAUUGAAAACGUGCCCACCGGUCCAAAUAACAAGCCCAAACUGCCAGUGGUGAUUGCCCAAUGCGGUGAGAUGUAGGGGGAAAUGAUUCUCAAGGUUAGUCUCUUUCCAUCUUGGAUCACCAUCACCUCCCGAUUGUUCCAUGUUUUUCCUGUGGUGCUUCAUCUACCCCACAUUCCAAACUAAUUUUCUCCCCCCAUUGUAAAUAAAGGAAUUUGGUUAAG